CUGCAGAAGCAGCAACAACAGGUGAAAAAACUUUGUCAGGUGCGGCCAGAAAAUCAUGGCGAAGACAGAAAAUGUUAUUUUACUCGUGUGUUGUCUUCCUGAAUGUGAUUUCUUUCAGUAAGGCAGAAGACGAGUGCCAGUUGAAUGUCAGUAAUGAUGGUCCAGUGACUUUAGAUGUUCCAGUCACUAUAUACGCUAGAAUGACCUGUUCUGGCCAUAGUUAUCUUUUCGAGUUUGAGAGCGACACUGGGAAUGUAGAUGAGGUCACUGGAAACGAGACAGCGACGGCAUCAUUCAUUUUUACAAAGAAACCCGGCAUCCAUGCUGUACGAGUUUACGCCCACCUGAUUCAUCCCACGCAGCAUCGGGUGGCUUCUGCUGAUACUUUAUUCAAUGUCACAGGUAUUAGAUUAUUACUCAAGGGUGUUCAAUCAAUUAUUUUAUUGGUUGAACCAUUAUUUUAUUUGCUAUGAUAGUUCAACAUUUUU